GUAAGCAGAAGUAGAAGUUGACGCCACUUCCUUUUGUGUGAGCUUCCAGAUCUACGCACUUGAACGACGCUACUUGUACGGCGCUAGACUUUAAAACACAUCUGAAAUUGCUACAGCACGUAAGCAGAAGUAGAAGUUGACGCCACUUCCUUUUGUGUGAGCUUCCAGAUCUACGCACUUGAACGACGCUACUUGUACGGCGCUAGACUUUAAAACACAUCUCAAAUUGCUACAGCACGUAAGCAGAAGUAGAAGUUGACGCCACUUCCUUUUGUAUGAGCUUCCAAAUCUACGCACUUGAACAACGCUACUUGUACGGCGCUAGACUUUAAAACACAUCUCAAAUUAUGGACUUGUCUCAAGAAAAGCAAAUUAAGUCAGAGGACACCAGGCCCUGUUCUGAAAUGGAAAGUGGCCAACAUUCCCAUACCGUCUCCGUGGAACUAGGGGAAUUGUGUCAGUCCACUACCUGCACUAAACUCCAAACAGUACUAGAUGUCAUAAAAUCAAAUGUUGUAUUAAACGCAGAGUUGCCAUCUAAAGAUGAGAAAAUCAUCAUUCAGCUAGGUAAUGACAGGCCAGAUAACGGUACUAUUAUCGCCACACAUUUCCCUUGUUCAUGUAUUGAGGAUGGCGUGACUCUGGUUGUCACAUGGGUAAAAGAUGUGGUUGAAAACCCACCACAAAACAAAUUGGAUGAAAAAACACCACAAAAUCAAGGUGCAAAAUUGGAUGAAAAAACACCAGAACCAAGAUAUAUACUUCCUAAAGACAAAUACGUUUUGUUCUACAUAGAUACAGAAGGAGGGGAAAAUGCCAAAUCAAAAGAGUUAUUUCAGAGCAAAUCUGUCAAAAAGUACAAGUGUCUCUGUGUUUAUGGAAAGAAAGGCAUGACUGUGGCAGAUGUGUUGGAGAGAGAUUGCAGAUUUAGUAAUGAUAUAAUUGCUGAUGACUACUAUCUGUCUAUCAGAAUUUCUGACAGAAAACCGCCAAAAACACACAAAACACAACUAAUUGACAACCUUGCUGGCAAAACAUUUCUUAUUUCAGUGGAUAGAAAAAAACGACAAAAGAGUGCACAGCAUAAAGUUAAUGACAGCCUAGAUGGGGAAAAGAGUCAAAGAGAUGCAAAUCCGCAUAAGAGCCCAACAAAUAGUGCACAGGGCAAGGAUAGGGCAAGAUUACCUGCAGGCAUACAGCAGCAUGGGAUCAGUCUGAAAACAGCAAUAGAAAGGGGGGAUAUUGACACCACUGAAAUUUACAACAGACUUUGUGAGCAGUUUCCAGAGCUGAUAAAAUGGAUGGAGAGUAGAUUUCCAGCUGAUUCUUAUCAGAAAGAUCUGGAACUGAAGAAAGAGAACUUUGGAAAUAUUCAGCAGUCUUUUAGUGAGGCUCACAGAAUUAGAAUGUUACUUGAGCUAGGAGAGUCAGUUUGUUACCUCAGUGUUGGAACAGUUAGUCAGGGAACAGGCUUUGUGCUGUUUGAUAAAUUAAUCUUGACUAAUGCCCAUUUGUUUGACAACUUAGUCAUUAAAGACAAAAAUAUUGUGUCGAAUAUACAAAUUUGGGCUCAUUUUAACUAUGAGAAACCUAUGUCAAAUGAGUUCUACUCCUUUACCGCGGAGAAUAAACUGGUUGACUUUGAAAGAAGCCUAGAUUAUGCUGUACUUGAACUUAAGGCUGAGGAACAUGCUGAGGAAGAUGUACCACCCGGGCUCCUGAAACAUUUUGGUCAACUGCCUGAUGAUGGCGAAGUCUGUGUCAUUGGUCACCCAGAAGAGAAAGUUAAAACAGUGGAUCCAACAUUCAUCCUUCCAAAAAAACAACAACAACAAAGCACUGAUACCAAUAUGUGUCAGGCACCACUACCUAUGUGCUCAAUUAAACAAUACUUCGAAAUCCAAGGACUUGAAAUCAUAAAGAUAAAAGAAAGUGGUAUAGAUUACAAAACUCGCAGCAUGAUUCAUGGUUCCUCAGGAUCUCCUGUGUUUGAUGGUUCUGGCAAUGUUGUUGGUCUGCACACCUCAGGCGUCUUUCUAUCUAAGGGUGAAAAGCAGCGUGUCGUUGCAUCAGCUCAUCCACUGCUAACUAUAUUUGAAAGCUUUGUGUGGCAUCUGAAGAAGACUGAAAAUGAUACACUUCUGGAAAGAGUUGUGCAGGUAGCAGAGAAAAAUGCAAAUGAAUUGCUUAAAGAUAAGUUAGACUGUGUAUUGAAGUGUUGGCCUGAUGUUGUAAGACCAAUGGGUUUAAUGGGGUCUGAACCAGCAGAUGCUCAAAAGCCAGGCAUAUCUAGGGUGGAUGCUGAGCAAUCAGAUGAUGAGCACAUGGACAUACAGUAGAUGGUUAAUCCAUAUAGACUUCCCAUUAUAGUCAAUAGGGAAUUAAUGCA